AAAAAUACCUUAGCACCAAAAGCAAUUUAGAAAUCAGUAUAAAUAUUGCCACGAGCGUCCUUGCCAACAUCAACAGUCUCCGUCGUUCAACAAAAUGAGAGCUGUAACCAAUCUAGCUGUCUUGUCGUUGUUGACACUGGUUUUCAAGGUUGCUUCUCGAAACCUCGCUGCCAAAUCCUUUGUGCAACUUUCUUCCAAUCCCACAUCGGGUCCUAUUCCAUAUUGUAAGAAUGGCAAAUGGAUCAGUUGUGAGCAAGUCACCAUAGACUUGGCAUCACUGAGAAGCAACCAACCCUUGAUCUUGCCCAAUGGAGAGAAGGUCAGCUCAGUUGAAUCUUCACCAGGAGUUGAGUCCGGAUCAACCACAACGUUUUAUCGAUCUGAAGACCUGUUGAACUCCAUGACCAUCACCUUCUUUGCCUCGGGUUCCAAUGAAGUCAAUGCCGUCAUUCAUGAGGAUGACAAGGUCUUCAACUUGGCGCCUUGUGACCAUACUGGCGGCGAUUGUUACGUUUUAGCCCAGGAGGACCCGGAGUUGUUCAAGGUGAAGAAGACCACGGCCAACUCCACAAUGAGGGACUUGGAGUUGAUGACCAAAACCGCCCUAGAAGGACUCACCGAUGUCGAGGACCGGCUAGAGCAAGGUCAAUUCCAACAAGAUGCUGAUGGGACGUACGUGGCCACCAUCAAGAUCUACUACACCAAGCAGUUUGCCGAAGCAGAAUCCAACGUGAAUGCCUACAUCUCGAACAUGAUCAGUCAAGCCAAUGCUUGCUUCAGAGACUCUCAAACCCAAAUUCGGUUGCAAUUGCUUUGUACCCAACAACUAGAUAACAUCACUGAAAACCGAGAUCAGGAACAUAUUUUAACCCAAUUUCUCAACAUUAAAGGAAGCCGCGCCAAUCUGCGAGGAACGGCAGAUUUUGCUCAUCUUCUUGUGAAUGAGACCACCCCAGAUCAAUGCGGAAAGGCCUACAUUGGGAACCCACAAGUUCCAUUUGGAUUGUCCAAAAGGGAUUGCGCCAUUGCCAGUUAUACCUUCAGUCACGAGAUUGGUCAUAACUUGGGAUGCCAGCAUGAUCGCGCCUAUGUACCCGAGGCUUAUUACCAUGAAUAUGAAUUUGGUUACCUGAUUCCUGGCACUGGACACCGCACCAUAAUGGCGUAUUGGAGUUCUGAUUAUCAAUCGAAGGUAAACCUGUAUUCCAACCCAGAUGUGCGAUUCCAGAACGUCCCUGUUGGAAACACUCAAAACAAUUGCGCUCGCAAAAUCCGAGAAAAUGCGCAGAUAUUUGCCAGUAUUGGCUCAGACACCGACUCAUGUGGGUCCGCGACGGCAACCAUUCCUUCAACAACAGAGACCGUUCUCUCCACAUGUUCGACUUUGGUCCAACGAUUUAUGCCCGCGGGAUCUCAACUGGUGGUUCAGUAUCCACUCUCUGGACACUAUGGCAACUAUGACCACUGCGAGUGGGAAUUAGAGACCUCGUCUGGUCAUGAACUGAAGGUGAAGAUCGAGGACAUGGAUAUUGAAUUAGAAGAAAAAUGUGGUUACGAUAUGUUUGCUUUCUUUGGGACAACUUCCGGUAACUUGGGCUUCUGUGGAACUGGACCUUCGCGUGAAUUAACUUCUGCCGGCAGUUCUAUCCGAUUAAGAUUCACUUCGGAUCGCUACGGUGUUGGAAAAGGCUUCAAAGUCCUGGUUCGAGCCGUGUAAAGACAUGAAUGGUUGGUUUUUGGUGCUUCAGGUUUCCUUGGUUUGGUGCUUAAAGAAUCAAACUUUAAGGUUUCGUCGAAAGACAUCUUCUUUGAUUUCAUGUUUGAAGCCAAGUUUUCUCACAAAUAAAUAGCAUAAGCAGAGCUCAAA